CCGACAUCGUAGCCUUGUUGCCUGCUGCAUACGGCACGCCCGACAAGCAGCGCUCGCUGUAGUGCCGCAUCCGUGCUCGGACAGCACUGCCGAACUGCAAAACCAAUUGCAACAUGUCUGGAAUGGGAGGCUCCCCCUUCGGCAGCGCCCACCAGGAUGUCCUGGGCCAGACGCCGACGGAUCCUGAAUCUAAACAAAGAUUGGUCGACGAGAUCAAGGACCGGGCGAGAAAAGCGUUCGCGCGACGGGACAUGCCCGUCUGCGAGGCUCUUUAUUCGAAAGCUUUGAAGGUGUUACCCGACGCUCCUUUAUAUUCCAAUAGAUCCGCGGUGCGACUGGCCCUUGGACGCUUCGACGACGCCUUCGAGGACGCGACGAAAGCGACACAAACGGACAGUAGUUAUGCCAAGGGCUACUAUCGACUCGGGCAGGCGGGCGAGAAGUGCGGGAAAUUCUCAGAGGCCCAGAAAGCGUACGAGAAGGGCAAAGAGCUCGAGCCCGAGUCCAAGGUCUGGCCCUCGUCCCUCCUAAAGCUGGAGAAGGCCAAACAAGCCUACGAGGCCAAGCCGAAGAAGAAGGCCGAGACCGCGCCUGAUUUGUUAGCACCGAGAACCGCCCAGCCCAUCCCGGAGAAGGGGAAGGAGAACGCGCGGAAGAGCGGUGCCGCGCCCGCGUCGGAAUCACGCCGCGCGUCGACGGCGUGGAGGCGGCCGCACGCCAUCGCCGCGACGACAAUUGACGCGACCGCGACGCAGGCGACACGUCCAUGCGCGGCUAUAAAGUAGACUCGCAAGGCCGCAAGACGACCUUCUUCAACAAUGAACUUGAUGAUAAGACCAAGGCGUUGAUAGGAGAUAUUGCGCCCAAGAAAGUGUCAGCACCGACCCAGAUGAAGGUCGACGCCGGGGCUUCUUCGUGGAACCAGGCCGGCACCUUCGAGAGCAAGGACCACACGAAGUGGAUGCGGGCUUGGUUGGAAUCCAAGUUCCGGGAUUUUAUGGUCGACCUGCCUGACCGGAAGGUCGGUGCUCUGACGGUGCCCUGCUACCUCACGGUAAAAAAAAUCAAAGAUAUAAAAGGAGACGCGUCGACGGCCCAAGCGCGGGGCAAGAAGAAGUGGGUCCUGGACGUGUCCUUCGUUCUAGAUUGGGAGUUUCCCCUCGAUGAUGCUGGAGCGGUCGCGAAGGGGUCGAUGACAUUUCCGGAUGUUUCGUGCGACGUCGUGGACGACGAGGAGCCGCUGGAGUGGUCGCUGGACGUCGAUCCGCUCACGCCUCAAACCGCGAUCCCGCUGAUCACGUCGCACUUGCAGUCUGAUGAUAAAGGUUUGCGGCCGGCGGUCUACGACGCGUGUGCGGAGCUGGUCAAGGAGUUCCGGGCGACGAAGUAGGUGUUUUUACUAAAUUAUUGGUCUAUU